AAUUUCGAGUCGAUCCCAGUUUCUAUGUGGGUCGUGCCAGGUCGUUAUUGAGAGACACAUUCUUUUGCCCAGGGCAACCAUUUCAGAGACUGGUUCUUGUUUAUCAGUCUGGAAAUAUGCUUCUGAACUAUGUCUUUUCGUUAGUGGGCCUCUUCAGCUGUGUCCAUCAUGGUGUCGCUCAACUUACAAACACGACAGCACCAUCGACCCAAGUUCAUUGUUUGAAGUGCGAACGAGUUGCACGCCCUGACGACUGUUUAACAAGUGUGCUGUGUUCUCCUGGCGAGAUAUGCAUGUCCGAGCAGUAUGUGACAUCUAACGGGUUUGUGUUCUUUGACCUCGGCUGUAAACUAGCGCCGAUCUGUUCAGCGGCCGGGUUCACCGUCAGUGCUGCAGAGAUACAACAGAGACUAGCAGGACAGUCUCAGACAACUGGUCAGCCCAAAACUGGGAGGAGGAGGCGACAGAACAUUGCAGUCCACGUCUGUGAGGAGUGCUGUGAAGACGACUUCUGCAACAACUACCUCUGUGGAGGCCAUGAAAUACAACAUCUGAGGUGCGCUGGAUGUGAUGACAUUAAGAACAUGUCAGAUUGUGACCGAAUAAAAAUAUGUGACCUCCAUGAGGUCUGCUACAUAGAAGAAAAAAUCACGGAUCAGUUCGAGCUGGUCUACACCGCCGGAUGUGCGAGAGAGAAGCAAUGUGAGAUCUUCAACAAAGAACACACCGUAUUUCAUCCCUGCUUCCACUGCUGCAAUACAAGUUUCUGUAAUGUCAUUUGUCCAACAGUCGCACCUACUACUUCGUCCACAACUGCACCUACAACGUCCACAAUUGCAUCUACAACGUCCACAACUGCGUCAACAACGCCCACAACUGCAUCAACAACGCCCACAACUGCGUCAACAACGUCCACAACUGCAUCUACAACGCACACAACUACACCUACAACGCCCACAACUGCGUCUACAACGCUCACAACUACACCUACAACGCCCACGACAACAUCGACUCCAACCACUUCCCCUACUAUCACAACUACACAGACUACGAUGAUCCCACCAACAAUCUGUCCAACAUUUCCUCCUCUGUCCAAUGUGAAGGCAUCUCAAGUUCUGAACAACAGCCUCAUCAACGUAGGAUGUGGUGGGAAGGAUGACAUUGUAUUCCUAGUGGACGCAUCCAGACAUGUCGACGAGGAUGAUGAACAUGUCUUUGAGCUUUUCACAAAAGCAUUUGCCGACUCUCUGCAAGUUGGCCCAGAGAGGGCCCGUGUCGGCUAUGCCUUCUAUAACAGCAGGGUCCAGGAAGUGCUCCAUCUGGACAAAGGGUCCAACCCAGAAAUUGUAGACAUGACCCUUUUGGGACUUGCCCGUUCAUCGAGUGAUGACCAAGACAAAUCAUUGUUAGGUGCUGCAGUGAACCACGUCCUGGGAGAUAUGUAUUCAGGACGAUACAGUCGGAGCGGUGCGAAGAAACACCUCGUCAUCUUGACAGAGAAUGCUAUAGAUGAUAUGGAUCAGGCUGUGGCGGCUGCUGACGAAGCCAAGCUCCGAGGAGUUGACGUGAUUGUUGUUGCUGUUGGUGACAUCGGGCACAUUGAGCAGCAGCUGCAAAAAAUUCCUUCCAGUCCCGUCAGCCAGCAUUUUCUGCCUGUGAAACAUUUUGACGGUCUUCGUCCAGAGAUAGAAAAUUUGAUCUUGAGCCACUGCAAAGCAAGUGGGCCACUGCCAACCAUAGCUUCUGACCCUUGUGCGGGACCCAAACUCCUGAACUUUUUAGGAUGUGGAGCUCGGGAAGACAUCACAUUUAUCUUGGACAGAUCUGGUAGUAUUCAUUAUGACGACUGGAUUAAGAUGAAUCAGUUCCUUGAUAAGCUUAUUGGAAAGUUUGACGUGUCCCCUGAUUCCUCAAGAAUUGGCAUGAUGAUAUUCAACAAUAAGCUGAAGGAACUGAUUCAUUUCAAGGAUUUCUCUGACAAGGGACGCCUGCUGAAUGAAAUGGACUCCAAACUGUCCUCCGUGCAAACGGAUGCCGGCACAUAUACCCAUCUCGCUCUGGAACGGGCCCUUCAGUGGUAUCAACAUAGUAGCCGAUCGGACGCCAUCAAGGUCGUUGUCAUCUUCACCGACGGUGGAUCAGAAAAAAAGUACGAGACGUUAGCCUCAGCCUUGGAACUUCAGAGGCACAACGUGACGAUUUUUGUUGUUGGAAUUGGACAUGACGUCGACCUGAAGGAACAAAUGAUCCUAGCGUCAGACCCGGAUGAGGAACACAUGUUGAACGUGAAGAACGUUGAUGGUCUUCUGCUUUAUAUGGAAUAUUUGGCUGCUGUACGAUGUCGCGAUCUCUCCAACAAAUCUACAACGACUGUGACACCAUCUUCUACGGCAACCAACCACAACAGCCACAACGGGCGGUAAGGGCGUGGCAUAACGUCUACACCACAAAAGCACAUUCUUUGACUGUCAGAUGCUUCCAGUACUCAAUAAACAUUAUCCAGUACUCAAUAAACAUUAUCCAGUACUCAAUAAACAUUAUUGUGAAGGGUG